UGUGAAAACUACUACGAUAAAAGAAAUCUGUUCACGAAGGCAGUGCCUUAUCCCCUUUAAAAUUUCAAUUGACGGUUGUCGGUCGUUUAAUGUUAAUUUGUGGUUUAUUGAAUGUGCGAAGGAAGUUCCGUCGUUAGGUGUGGUUACGCUAGGUUUAAUAAACGACUAUAGCAUGUUUAGUAAAGAUAAAAAUCAUGGAAUGUGCUUUUAAGUAUGGUCUCAGGAACAGAUCUCGAGGCAAGUUUAGGUUAGACGUUUUUCUGUAAGGUGUAAUUUGCAUUUUCCCAACGUGGUGUGCCUAAAAGAGGAUGGAGAAAGCAAGUAAAGCUCUUAGAAGACCAGUGAAGUGUACAGUUUACAAAGGACGGAGGCAGUAUGACCUCUGAAACGUUGGUUAACAUCUACCAGACUACACAGCGCAACAACCCAGAAGACGGAAAUCUUCAUACUCACCGCUGAGCAGUGUAAGGCUGAAGUCAAUGAGCAGUGGUCACAGGGAGCUCAACAUGGUUAUUUCAGAGCUCCGAGAUGUGCGCUCUACAGCAAAAGCCUUUGCAAUGGCUCAGAACACUGCUGCACAAGACAUGUUAAAAUGGUCCUUGAAUGAAGAAAAUCCAGCCAUUCAGGAUACCUUUGUUCAGCUUUCAGAACUUAAUGCCUUGUGGACAGAAGUUCAAAAGGAAUUUGCAGAUCACUUAAAAGAAUUCAUAACAAACUUUGAAAUGAUUCUUGAAGGUGAACAUCAUAUAGAUCAAGCAAGAACUCAUGUUACAGCGUGUGAAAUGAAAGCAAGUAAAUUUAGGAAAGAACUCAAGAAGGCUUCUAAACGAGGGAGUGCGGAAGAAGCUCAACAAAUGGAAAUUAAACUAGCUCAAGCUGAGAGGUCAUGUGAUCAGGCACAGUUUGAAGUGUUGGACCGCAUACAAGAAAAUGAAGCAGUGAAGUUAAUUCGAGUAAAAGAGGGUUUGCUAAAGAUUUCUGAUUCUUAUCUGGAACUAGCACAUAAAUGUCAUGUGAUUCAUGAAGCCCACCGGGAUAUUGCUUACCAGAUACCAGAUGUUCACAGUAAAGGUUUACAUGAAAUGAGAUAUUCAGGUUCAGGACUGGCUCAACAAGCUGUCCUGAGAGCAAAGGAACAAGUACGUGUCUACAGUCGGCAGGCUCCGAGUAUGGUCCCAUGUGCACCAAUUCAUGAAGGUCCUCCCCCUCCAUACUCACCUACAAAUCACACAAACAGUACUCCUUAUAACCCACAUUACACACCCCAGUCUUUCUCACCUGAAGCCCAAGGUUUAGAUUUUGCAAGUGAGAAUUUAAACCCUUUCCAUAUAAACCCCCAGACCUUUGGGUCACAUCGAUCCCUGGAAACUAGUGAGGAUGGUUCCAUUAGAGAGACCUCUCCAAACACAAAUCCAUUUAAUGAAGAAGAUGCUAGAAACCGGUUUCCAGAUUCAUGUACACAGAACUUAUCUUCUAAUGAUGAUGUUGGAAGGCAUCCAGAUUAUGAAGAGGAUUUGGCUGGUGCAGUUGGUAGGGUGAAGACAUGAUAAAAGUCUAUAUGAACAAGAUGAGAAUUUACAAAUCUAUACUUGAUUUGUAAGUAUUCAAAUGGUAACAGCCUAAAAUUGUCCCUUUAUAAACCAGCCCUUUUCCUUAGCAUAGCACUUUUUACAUGCUUUGCUAGGUUGACAUUUGCCAAAAACUGCAGACAGGUAACUUGAUGAAAUUCUUGCUUCUGUUAGGAUGUGUCGGAUUAGAUUCAAGAAACAUGUGAUUGAACUGAACAUCAAGGCAUUUUACCACUCAUUAAACAUGAAUGAAAUAAUUUAUUUUGUUGCUGCAUCCUUAUAUUGUGAUGCCAUUCACAAGUGAAAUUUUAAUUAUAGACGCAAAAAUAGAAUUUGCUGUGGCAGAAAAAUGGACCACAUAUGAAUAGUACAUUUAGUCCUUAUAAGUCAGUGUAGUUUAAUAUUGUGACGUAGGUUGGUAAUUACGCCCUUUAUUGCCAACCCUUGCUUUUUGGAGUCUGCUACCUUGAAUAUGACCUGACACACUUUUCACACGCCCAACACUUUGCUCGGUCUAGCUGCCGCGGUGCCCUCCAGCUUACUCUCUGCUUGCUAGCUCACACUUGGCCGCGCCCAGGAAUGCGACUUUGUUUAUAAUCCCCCUCCCAAAAUGUUGAAAGAUCCAGACUAGCUACCCUGGAAGUUAAGCGGCCCCUCCCCUCCCCUCCAGCACGAGGCCCCAGCACCCACGGUGACACGUCACAAUAUUUUAAACGAGCCCAUGGUUAGUGCUCAUACAUUAUAAAUUAAUUUAAGGUUACUAAAUGUUUAAAUACUUUAUAUAGGCCUAUGAUGCUGUAUAUAGUAAAUGUGUGAUUAGUUGCCCAAUUGUUUUUUGUUUUAUGCUAUCUGAAGAAUAUUAGUAAAGAGGUUAAUGAUGUUACAGUUAUAUGGAAUGUAUUUACCAUGCAUAAAUGCACAUUUUGCAUAAUGAGUGAAACUUUAGUUGGUUGCUGAUUAUUAUAACUAAUGGAGGUGAUAACAUGUUCAAAAUAAUCAAAAAGAAGAACAGUUUAAAAAUUUUGUCUUGUAACUGACUCUGCGGAGCAGAGGCCUUUAUGAAAGCUGAUGGUUGCUGUCUUGUUAACACAUUCCCUGUGUUGUAUGGAUCUCAAAGAUUAAUACCUUUAUAAAGAGAGCCUGCAUGUGUUCUAAUGCAACUGACUUUUAUAUUAACAAAUAGUUCAUGUCAGUUUGUGAGUUUGGACUUCUCCUUAUGACACUUUCAAUUUUUCUUUUCUGUAAUGCCAUUAUACUUUAACCCCACUGAUCUGUCUAGCCAUACAAAGUGUCGACAUGCUAUUGUGCCACAUGAUCACUACUUUCUUCAUUUGCUCUAUUUGCGUCAUCCCUUUGUUCCAUGACUACACCGAUAAUCUCUGCAUCAGUCUUGUACUGGAAGCCAGGUUCAGACAUAAGAUUUCAGGUUCUCACGGUUGUAUGAAGAUUGCUAAUGUUUCAGAGCUUCUACCACACUACACAGUGCAACAACCCAGAUUCACACACUUUACUUUGCAACCACUUUUCAAGGUUUUCUUCAUCAUUUUUUAUCCUUUUCAAAACAUUCACCAUGUCAGUGAAUGGCAGUAACAUGCCAGCAGCAAGAUUAUUGUUCAGCUAUGUUUAAGGCUUGUGAAGAGACAUUUUUAUUAUAAAAAUAUGUUUAAUGAAGAACUUUUUUUUUGUGUAUUUAGGGUGAUAGUGCAUUUGAUUGUACUUUGAUGAUGGUUUAUACAUAAUUUUUAUUUUAAUUUUAUGCAGACUUUAUUAGAUGUAAUUGAUUUUUACAAAUAUUUACUUCAGAAUUUGUGCCAUAUAAUUUUAUACAGAGGACUGGACAUUUUUAUUAAAACUGUAACAUGAAAUUUAUUCUCUUGUAAAUCCAAAUAAUGACUUGAGUGAAACUGGUAUAUAACAUAUCACAGCACUUGUAGUGCUGUAUUUCCAUUUUAAAGCAAUUGUAUUUGUACAUAGUUCAUGAAUUUUUCUUUUUAUGUUUGAUAAUUAUGGGGCUGCUGGCCAGAUUUUGACAUUGUUGUUAAACUGUUUACCAGUUUGCUACCAUGAUGCUUGGCCAAUUGGACCAUGUGUAAGACUUGAUGCACAGCCAAUAAAAUAUAAUCAUAUAAUUGUUAGAUCAUUCUUCUUCACAUUGGAGGUUGAGCGAUUAUUUUUACACUUGCAAAUAUCAUUACAAUCAUGCAAUGUGCCACUUAUGUGACAUCAAUACUUUGACCUAUGCAAAAACAACAAAUCAUACACUCUUAAUUUGUUUUUUAUUGUCAUUCAUUAUGACAAAUAUAUUUUGUCAGUCCACAAAAGUUUGUUAUACUGAGAUACUAUGGCAUAAAGGAGGAAUUUGCUAGUGGCAUUGUCUCCACUUAAGACAUAAUGAUUAUACCACCAUGACUUGACAUUUUGAGGGAAUUUGAGGUUAGAUUAUGGUAGCAGAUAUUUUGUAUUGUACACCUUACCAAUUAAAACACACAGUACUUAGGAGAUGGAUGAGUAUUAAUAUUUGUGUUGUGAUGCAGAAAACAAAUAUUUCUUUACCAGUGUGUAUCGCAUGAUAAAUACAAACAGUUAAGAAUUGUAUAUGCACUUUCAUUUCAUGAUAACUAAGUAGGAUUCGAGGUUCUCACUGUGGUGGUAAGUAGAGUUUGCACCUUUGCAUAGAUAAAGCUGCAGAUUGUUCACAGUUCACCAGUUGCGUAACCUUGACAUAGGUGAUACAUUCUGAUACUCUCAGUUUACAAGGAACUGUUUGGAAAAGAAAAAUAAUACUUGUUUUAGACUAUGAACAAAGUUAAAUAUGCCAUUAGAUAAUUUUUUGUGCAAAACUCGCUUGUCUUCAUGCUUCAGCCCUAUAUUGUCUCUAGUUACUUGUCCCUGUCAGAGUCUAUAAGACGUGUGCAAGCACACAGGUAUAAUUGCAUGUAUUUUUGUAUCGAAAUAAUUAAAUAUAUCAAAUCCAACUUCUUCCUGUAUUAUUUAGAUGUUUUUGGCAGUGGUGUAUUAGUAUUAUAUUUUGUUUUGACAUUCAUUUCCAGUUACUUAAAAUUAUACCAGUAUAAACUUUGAGCAUCCUAGAAUUUACCACAUUUUUGUCACCUGCUUUGUGGGGUCUAUUAGAUACAUCUAAUCUUUACAACUCUCCAGAAUGAAGUAAAUUUUUACAUUUACAUUUUACAUGGCAGGCAAUGGAUAAUGUCAAAACAAAAUAUCAUUAUAGUAUUGCUGCCAUGCAUAUAUUUCCAUAUUUAAGGGAUUUUUGCUUAUCACAUUUUUAAAAAGGUGUAUUACAGUUUUAGUUUUUACAGGUUUGUUGUAUGUAUUUAUAACUUUUUGUAAAUGCUGACAUGCAUGUAAAUAUAUGAUUUUGAAUUAAUUUUUUUAUCACUAGUAUGUAAAUUUGUGCUAGUUGUGAUCACAAUUAAUUUUUUAUUAUACUUUGUAUUCCUACAUUGUCUAAAUGGAAAAUGUAAAUUCUUGUGUAACACUUUAUCUCCAUGUAACUUACAUAAUUUUAAUGCUCAAAGUAUUUAAACAGCAUAUUCUGGAUAUUCAUUACCUUAUAGAUGUAUUUUUGUAUUUUUUGUAUGUACAACUUAACUUGGCCAUCCACUUCAUGUCAUAGUCUAUAGGACAUUCAGAAUUUGUGAUCAAGCAAAUUUUGUAAGUAGUGCUUCAUGGCAUGAUGACAUUUGAAGUAAUUACAUAAUAUUUAAAAAUGGAACCAUUAACCAUGUUACUUCAUUGUCAGUAUUUUACAUUAAAGAUAUGUUUUAUGACAAAACUAUUUCCAUAUAAUUACAUAUAUACAUUAAUCACCAAUUAUUGAAGAAUAAAUUGUGUUGUUACACAUAGUAAUUGUAGA